CUCAGUGGCCGCCGAGCCGCUUCCCCUCCCGCGCCCAUGGAGGGGAGCCUGGUCCGCGCUUUCGGGGCCCUGAGCCUGCAGCCCGUGGCCCGGGCGCCGCCCCGCAGGCGCCGCUUCAACAAACGCCUCUACCUGCUGCGCGGCCUGCCCGGCUCCGGGAAAACCACGCGGGCCAGACAACUGAAACGUGAAUUUCCUGGUGCUGUGAUUCUUAGCACUGAUGACUUUUUCUUCACAGAAGAUGGCACCUAUGUGUUCAGACAUGAUUGUCUAGAAGCAGCACACUUAUGGAACCAAAAGAGAGCACAUAAAGCAAUGAAGAAUGGGAAAUCCCCAGUUAUUAUUGAUAAUACCAACAUCCACGCUUGGGAAAUGAAGCCAUAUGUGAUUAUGGCACGUGAGAAUAACUAUGAAGUUAUAUUCCAAGAACCUGACACACACUGGAAAUUCAAUGUUCGAGAGUUAGCAAGAAGGAACAGUCAUGGUGUCCCAAGAGAAAAAAUACAGCGCAUGAAAGACCAGUAUGAGCAUGACAUUACAUUUCAUAUCGUGCUUCACUCUGAAACACCAAGCAGAGAUGGCAGAAAUUCCAGUGGACCCAAUGCUGCUCACAACACUGUGGCUUAUUCCAGUAUGUGUCCAAUAUUCCCAAACAGAAGAACGCACAGCCGCUACACAAAUGAAAGAUCAUUUAAUAGAGGCGGAUUCCAGAAUGUAUUUUAGUUUUUCAUAAGGGUUUAAGACUAAAAAAUUUUAACUUUUUACUCUCAAUUUUUGUAUUUUUCUACUAAAUCUAAAUCAAGAGUUAUUACUGUUAAUUUACAAGUCUUAAAAUAUUACUGUAAUGUUGUUUUGUCAAUUACAUAAUCCGAGAUCACUGAAACCAAUAUAAACUGUACACACCAUCUCUGUCCCAGUACACCCAGUGUUGGCCAAUUUUCCUUGUUCAGUCAUGUCUUAACCUUCAAUUAUAAAUUUAUAAAUGUCGGUUUGUCUCUUGCCUGUAAAUGAUCAUGAAUAUUUCUGGUGCAGUGUAAUUAUUUCUUCCUGUCUUCCAGGCACAUUCUCUCUCCUUCUCCCCUCAUAUACAGUCUCUCACUAAUGCCAAUCACUUCUUUCUCCCUAAUCGUUCCAAAAUCCACCCUUUCUUCAUCGUCUCUGUUGCCAAGACACUUGUCCAUGUUGUAGUCUUUUUUUAGCUUCUCUACUUUCUCCUGCCUGGCCUGAGUGCUUCUCACCUCUUCCCACCUCAGUUUGACCAAUGUAAACGUUCAAUUCUUCCAUUGGUUUCCUGUCUUCUUACAGGAAAUUCACCUUACAAGACUCUACAUAACCUUCUUUCUAUCUGCAUCACUGCUCUUAUUACUCAUGCUCUUCUCAGUCCUUUCACUUUGCUCCCCACUUUUCCCAAACUGUUUCACAGUCUCUCUUGCUGCCCUUCUACACCUACUCUCUCUAUCCUCAUCUGCCAACCACCACUUCUCUCCUCAUUCAAACAUCUUUCAGCAAUCCCUCUUCCCUUCAUUAAUAAUCACCCCCUUCCUGCCCUUUUCUUGAACUGUUGUUGUGUAUUUGUCUUAUACUGUAAGCUCCUUAGGACAGGGAACAUAUUUUGAAGUGCAAUGUAAAUUAAUGGCAUCAUAUAAAAAUUUAAAAUAAAACAACAACA